AUGCAAGUGUCACGAUCGCUAACCGUUGUUGGUUCACUGGCUCUUAUUCUCAGCAUUAUAUUCAUCUACAAGUGGAUGUCGAGUCAAAGCCUCGGCCCAAAGAGGGUCAGUUUGGUGACCAAAAAGGUGACCGAACUGAAGAAUUCGACAAAGAAAGCAAACCCGGUGACUAAGAAACCCAUACAAAGGAAGACUAAUAAGCCGAAGAAGCCGGCCGAUAAACAUAUUCCCAAAAAGAAAACAAAAAUGAUGGGCAAUCAGCCCAAAUUCAGGGUAAAAAAGCAAGUGAGAAUUGCUGCCAUACCUUUGUUGGAUGUUUUAAAAGCCAAAAAUCAGCCCAGUUCUGGACGGAGUAUAUUCUUCCACGAGACCACGAAUUUCCAGCGUGACGAGAAGAUUCGCCUGAUACAUCUGACGCCUCGGGAGGCCUGUGCCAUUGAAUCGGCCGCCCUUCACAAUCCACGCCUCACUGUAUUCGUCCUCUUCGCCGGCGCCACUCAUCGCUUCGUCUCCGAUCUGCUGCGCUAUGUGACUCUAUAUAAAUACGGUGGAUUUUACCUCGAUCUCGAUGUGGUGGUUCUGAAGAGUCUGGAGAAGAUGCCUCCAAAUUUCACAGGGGCGGAGAGCAACAAAUCUUUGGCCUGCGGGGUCAUGAAGAUGUCCGCCAACGGCUUGGGCCACAAGUUGGCCAGCCAGUGUCUGCGGGAUCUGCAGGCCAACUAUGAUGCCAAUAAAUGGGGAAACAGUGGACCCGGGGUCAUAACGCGAGUGGCCAAAAAGCAGUGCAGCACCGACAGCAUCCGGACGAUGAUUAGCAAUCCCAAACGUUGCAAGGGCUUCAAGGUCUUCGAUCCGAAGGCCUUUUACGCGAUUCCUUGGCUGCAGUGGAAGGAUUUUUUUCAGACCAACAGAAUCAAUGUGACCAUGAAGAGAAUAUCCAAGAGUCCCGUGAUCCAUGUGUGGAACAAGUUCUCGCGAGGCUGGAAGCUUAAAACCAAGGACAACUGUGCCUACACCAAACUGGCCAAAUUACACUGCCCCAAGGCAUUCGCAGCAGCGGGAAAGUUUUUUUAGAUCAAAUUUAAGUCAAUCUAUGUAGUCAGAAUAAGUAAAAAUAGGUAAACAUUUUAAAAAGUAAAUUUUGUUUAAUUUUAAUACUGGUUUUAAAGAAAAAAUUGAUUUAAAUUAGAAUCA